AUGCGGGAUGAGGAGUAUCUUUUUGUUGUUUUUGAUUUCCUUGUUGGUGUUCUCGUAUCAAACAUGAAUGCCACACGGGCCGAGUUCCAGGCUCACAUCGAUGCCAUCAAACACUACAUGCAGUUCAGAAAGGUCAGCAAAGAGCUCGAAGCCAGAGUCAUCAAAUGGUUCGACUACUUGUGGACCAACAAGAAAGCAAUUGAUGAGCAGGAUGUCCUAAAGAAUCUGCCCAACAAACUGCGGGCUGAGAUCGCUAUCAAUGUGCACCUGGAUACACUGAAGAAGGUCCGAAUCUUCCAGGACUGUGAAGCUGGGCUUUUGGUUGAACUGGUGCUCAAGCUGCGGCCACAGGUCUUCAGUCCCGGAGACUACAUCUGCUGAAAGGAAGACAUAGGAAAAGAGAUGUACAUCAUCAAAGAGGGUUGCCUUGCUGUUGUGGCUGAUGACGGGGUGACCCAGUUUGCACACCUGAUGGCCGGCAGCUGCUUUGGCGAGAUUAGCAUCCUCAACAUCAAAGGCAGCAAAAUGGGCAACCGACGCACAGCUAACAUCCGUAGCAUUGGCUAUUCUGACCUCUUCUGUUUGUCAAAGGAUGACCUGAUGGAGGCUGUAAUGGAGUAUCCGGAUGCUAAGAAAGCUCUGGAAGAGAGGGGAAGACAGAUCCUUCUGAAGGAGGGCCUGCUGGAGGAGAUGGACGCAGGUGGAAUUGGAGAAGAACAGGUUGAGGAGAAAGUGGAGAGGUCAGAAGCUUCUCUUGAAAUACUACAGACUCAAUUUGCUCGGUUACUGGCUCAGUACACAGCGACUCAACAGCGCCUGAAGCAGAGACUUACAGCACUGGAGU